UCUCUCACUAUGAAGGGAAAGUUCCUAAGAGGGUGCCUUAACAAGUGGAAGAAAAUGGGAAGUAGAGUCAUCCAUUGUGCUGCCUACAGUUACUGCUGUGAAUGGGAACAGUGGUCAUCCAUGCAUGAAGAUGAAGGGGACUCUAUCCCCAAUGAUGUGCCAAAGGGUCACUUGGUUGUGUAUGUGGGAGAGCACCAUAAGAGAUAUGUGAUCAAGAUUACCUUACUCAACCAUCCACUCUUCAAGACUUUGCUGGAUCAAGCUAAGGAUGAGUAUGAUUUCAUUGCAGAUUCAAAGCUCUAUAUUCCUUGCACUGAGCAUCUUUUCCUCACUGUCCUACGCCGUGCAAGCACUACUACUCCACACAACGAAUGAGUGUUUGUGUGUCUGAGUCAUUAAUUAUUAUUAUUAAUUAAGCUCUAACAACUACGUACAAUGAUAUAUAUAUGUGUGUGUGUCCGCGCGCGUGUGUAGCCAUGUUAUGUUGUAGAUUGAGGCGUGUAAGUGUGGAGAGGUUCCUGUUCUGUAUUUUUGCUCUUAUCAGGGAACAUGCAGAGUUAGUAAUUGAGCAAAUUAAUUACAAUAAGAAGUUCAUUACUCUCUGUAAUUAAACCUACUUGA